CACAGCCAGGCCUCCCCCAACUCCACAAACCCCCGAAGCCCAGACACAGCGCGAAUGGCGGCGGCGGCGGCGCUCCGCUGCUGCUUCCCCGGCUCCGCUGUCGGUGGCGGCUUCAUCAGGCCCUCCUCCUCCAGGCGGGGCCGACACGCAGCGGCCGUGGUGGCUCCGCCUCCCUCUUCGCUGGGGCACCGUACCCGCGUUGACUUCCCUAUCCUCCACCAGGAAUUUGAUGGUGCCAAAUUAGUUUACUUCGACAAUGGUGCAACCUCACAGAAACCUUAUAGUGUAAUGAAAACAUUAGAUGAGUACUACAGAUCGUACAACUCGAAUGUUCAUCGUGGUAUUCAUGCACUCAGUGCGAAAGCUACUGAUGCGUAUGAGGGUGCAAGAAGAAAAGUUGCAAAUUUUGUCAAUGCAGCCGAUAGCAGAGAGAUUGUUUUCACACGUAAUGCUACAGAAGCUAUCAAUUUGGUAGCCUAUUCAUGGGGUCUAUCUAACAUAAAACAAGGAGAUGAGAUUCUUCUUACUGUUGCGGAGCAUCAUAGUGCUAUUGUUCCAUGGCAAUUUGUUUCCCAGAAGACUGGUGCCACUUUAAAGUAUGUUGGGCUGACUAAAGAAGAGGUUCCAGACAUUGAACAGUUAAAAGGGCUUCUGUCAAACAAAACAAAGAUAGUUGUUGUACAUCAUGUCUCAAAUGUACUUGGUUCAAUGCUUCCUAUUGAGGAGAUUGUAACAUGGUCAAAAGGAGUUGGAGCUAAGGUUCUUGUAGAUGCUUGUCAAAGUGUUCCUCAUAUGCCAGUUGAUGUUCAGAAACUUGGUGCCGACUUUCUUGUAGCAUCCUCACAUAAGAUGUGUGGCCCUACAGGCGUUGGAUUUAUGCAUGGUACAUUUGAGAUGUUGUCAUCUAUGGAGCCUUUCUUAGGUGGUGGUGAAAUGAUUGCAGAUGUGUUCAAUGACAAAUCUACAUAUGCUGAGCCUCCCUCUAGAUUUGAGGCUGGAACUCCUGCAAUUGGAGAAGCUAUAGGAUUGGGAGCAGCAAUUGACUAUCUAUCAUGCAUUGGCAUGGAUCAGAUCCAUGAAUAUGAGAAAGAGUUGGCAACCUAUCUCUAUGAAAGCCUUAUUUCAGUUCCAAAUGUCCUGGUAUAUGGUCCAGCACCUUCCCAAACAGAUCACCGUGCUCCUUUAUGCUCUUUCAAUGUUGAGAAUGUUCAUCCAACAGAUAUUGCAGAAAUUCUUGAUCUCCAGCAUGGCGUAGCAAUUCGAUCAGGGCAUCAUUGUGCACAGAUUUUGCAUAGGACCCUUGGUAUCAAUGCAAGUGCUCGUGCAAGUCUUCACUUUUACAAUACAAAAGAGGAGGUGGAUGUUUUCAUCAAUGCACUUAAAGAUACUAUUCACUUCCUUACAUCUCAACACUAGUGCAGUUGAAUUUGUGCCAAAAGCAGAAGGUUAUGUGCAGUAUGCAGUAACAGGAUCUGGUCGAGUUGAAGCUCUUUCGAAAAAUGUUUAACAAAACUGCUUCUCAAUGACAAACGUGAGUAAUUUUUAGGAUAUUAAAUGCUGGAAAUGCAGGAGAGGGUAGAAGCCAUUUUUUUCUGUUCUUCUAGUCUAGUUACAAAACAGUUUUGGCUUUGCAAGUGCUUCUUGGAAAACCUUCUUAGUUUUCAUCGUUCGGUAGGGCUUCAGUAUAAACCACUGAGAAGCUACUGAAAAAUGCCCUAAGCUAGAGGUUCCAUCUAAGGAAUGAAAUUGUUCCUCAGAUUUCCAUAUUUAAAACGUACACCAGAUUUGUUCCUCCACCCUACUUAUGUGAUGACUCUUUCUGUAGCAACUUAUGUGUAUAUCGGUUUACUGUGAUGAUAACUUAUGUGUAUAGCAACUUCUAUUUUGUGUCAA